AUGUCUAGACAAAUUCAUGUUUUUAAAGUCAUAAAUGAGGCGCCGAUGUCUUUUGAGGACGUCGUCAACGUCCUGCACAAAAUUAGGAACAGCGCAAACAACAAUGGUCAAACAUCGUUGAUUGCUGCUCUUGACCACCACCUGGCAUGCCUCAGCCUCUCGAAAUGCACUAAUGCGCUCACAUUUGUCAUAUUUAAGGAUGCCCCCUUGCAUGCACAACGGAGUGCUACCCCACUGCGUGCCCCUCCCCUUCAAGAAGGGAUGUGGGACGGCACAUUUGUGUCUACGGUAGCUCCCACCCCCUCCCUUGCUCCCUCACCUGACCCCACGGCUGCCCGACCCUGCCCUCUCUCACCCUCGACACCGUGGACUCCCGACGGCCUGCUCCAUCUGUGCUGUGUGCCCCUCCCUUUCAACAAAGGAUGUGGGCUGGCUUUGACUCAAUUCCACACCCCUUUCCACGUCUGCCAGCGUCCUGAGCCCCGCCGUUACACAGAUGAGACACAGAUAGCCAGGAGAGCAUGGAACGACCAUGAGCACAGCAGGCAGUGGCGAGUACGCGCACGGCGAACUACUCCGAGACGUGCACGCAGGCAGCAGCAGCAGCACAUGGACGUGUACGAGAACGGGGGACGAGCACGAGUAGCAAACAGAGGCACGGUGUUUCGAAACGAGGCCGAGCAAGCAAAGGCGACAACAAUUGCAAGCAACAGCAACAACGGCGAGGAACCCCAGCAGCGACAACGAAGACGGCAGCGAAAAACGACGAAGAAGACAACAGGGGUGAGGAACGGUGGCGACGACAGCGGUGGCGAGGGACGACGACGAAGGCAGCAGCGAUGGACAAUUAAGACGGCGGCAGCGGCGACAACGAGCCACACCCUACGGCCCAUCCCUCCAUACGGCCCACGUGGCAUCCCUCGCCCUCCCUCGUAUCUCAGCCCACCUCCUGCCCAUCGCUCGCAGACCCUCCUCACCUCGCAUCACCUCACCCCAACCCUCAGCUCCUUCCCUUUCAGCUGUGGGAUGCUUUUGUUCAUCACCCACCUGCCAACUGCCAGCACGACCACGGCAGGAGCACGAGCAAGCACGGCGUGA